GUAUACAAACUAAAACCCUAAUUAAUUAGCUAAGAAGAAAACCCAAAAUAAGAAGUAUUAAUACAAGUCAAGCUAGAAAGACCAAAAAUGGAGAUUAAUCGACUUGCUCUACCUGUUUUGGCAACACUCUUAUUGCUCACUACUAAAACAGCACCAGUUGUAGGAAAGAUAUCAUCAACUACACCUUCUGAAGAAGAAAUGCCGACGAAAAUGAACUUUAAUAAACUGGCAAUGGAGAAUUUCGCGGCAAGGAUGAUGAUAAUGUCGCAACGACCCCAUAUUCUUCAAGUUAAAGAUGAGGCUCAAAACAAGGAAGAAAUUGGGUCAUUACAGUGUGCAAGCCAAGGGUCGUAUUGUAACACUUUUUUUGGGCCAGAUUGUUGUUCUAAUCUUUUUGCUUGUAUUCCGUGGGGUCUUGUUGGUGGUGUGUGCGUGGCUUAAAUACACGUAUGUUGAAGAAAUAAUGCUAAUAAUAAAUAAGACGUGUAAACGAGCAAAAAUUAACGUGUGUUAAUGUAUCUGUGUAUUGUACUCUUAAAUAAAUGAAAAUAAAGACUCUUUUGUAUGUGUGUUAAUGUAUGUGUGUAUUGUACUGUUAAAUUAUGAAAAUAAAGACUUGUAUAUGUGUGUUAAUGUAUAUGUGUAUUGUACUGUUAAAUUAUGAAAAUAAAGACUCUUUUGUAUCA